AAUGUACAAUCCAUUGCAUGCAGCUUCAACAGAAAAAAUAGACUUGUUUCAAAAGAGGCCUAUUUUUCCUAUUUUGCAGCUGGAAGUAUCCCUUCAAGAUUUCUGACAAUGAGAUUAUAAGAAAAUUCAUAGAUCUUUGCCGAAUUGUGAUAUGAAAAUUGAUGAUAUAUAUUGACUUCAGAAGCACGAUACAUCAAAUCAGAGAACUCCAACUGUUCCUCAGGUUUCCUCACAGAUGCCUUCUUUGCAGUUCAAAAAUGCUAACAAAUCAGAAUACUCUGAGGAUCUUGGCAGUUCAUCAGGGAGCCAAAUCAGCCCGAUAUCUUCAUUUUCUAUAGUGAAGUUAUCAAGAAGACAAAUGAAGACUAUCGAAAGAAAUUUUACUAAUUCAAAUGCAAGAAAAGAUGUAGUCUAUAAAGCUAUACUCAGAUUCUUUAGGAGAGAGUGUCAGUUCGAAGUCAAGCAGAUGAGAUGCAGGUACUCUAACUAUGAGCAGAUGAAUGGAGUCUCCUGUAACCAUCUUGAUGAGAAGUCUACCACUUUUCUCCAAGAAGUGCUAGGGUUAUCAGCGACGCAUCAACUAAAAGAGCUGUUCUCAGUACUAAUCUCUUUCAACCCUAUUAAACCCGGCCUGGCUGCUUCAAGCUAUGUCUUCAACGAUUUGCUCACUAAUAGCGUUAAAAAAUUUAAUAAAAAGAAUUUGGGCCUACUAUUUUCCAACGAAUUAUUAGCAAAAGUGUUCUUAGCCUUUUGGAAAAAUCAACAAAGAUUCCAACAAAUGGUUACUAGCCUAAACCAAAAGAGAAUUGAAGAAAUAAACCAAAGAGCCUUCAGAUACUACCUCAACAGUCUCCUCCAUACCUGCACUCAGACCCUAAACAUGCCAACUCAUAAAGACCCAUAACCCUAAUUUCUGCUAAAAAAUUAUCAAAAAUUUCAUUGCUUUUAGUCCUAUCCUACCUUUCUCAGUUCAGUUAUGACUGUUGGGAUUUUGGUUGCCUGGCUUUGGAUUAUAGGCUAUAGGUAUUUUAUUUGUAAUUUAAUUGAUUUUUGUCAGAGGUUUGUUCAGGUGGUAUUUGAAGGUGUCUCGAAGGUUUGUAGAACACUGAGUUUGAAAUUUAUGAUAUUAUAAGACUUCAAAUAAAUAGAGAUUAAUGAGGGAUGAGAAGAAUUAGACAGUUCAGGGAAUAACUGAAGUUGAUAAUUUUUUCAAAGUUUUAAUAGAGUUUAUAUGCCUUCUAAAUUUUAGUGAACUUCAAAAAUUAAUAUAGUAUGAGAAAAUAGGGAUUAGAAAUGCAUUAAAUGGUGAAGACUUCUCGUAUAUUUUUGAUUUUGAGGCUUCUAAAGUAUCUGAAGAUGCAUCAAAUUUAAUCCAAUCGGAUCUGAGAAAAAUACUCUAAAAGUCUGAGAAAAGCCUCUUAUAUAUAGUAUCCUUUGACGACUUAUGGAAGCAUUGAGAAUAAUAUUUACUCUCUGGCUCUAAAAUAACCAAAAAUUUUGUCGAAAUUUUCCCAAUCGUUUUGAAUGGUAAAAUUAAUAAUUGAAAGACCGUAUCUUUACCACUUGAAGUUUUUAUAAAAAGUUGGUAGUAAAUUUCACAUUUUGGUG